ACCGUCCACAGGCAGAGACCAUUUGGAGAUUUCUAUGAAGUGCGUGGAUUGUGUUUGGGCUCGGGCUCGGGAGAAUUAAAGGUGUCUUCGGGCGUGGGAGUUGGUUGGGGAAGUGUGGGGAUGAAACAGGAGAGCGAGAGAGAAGACAGAAUUGCUUUGAUUUAAGAAUAAUAAGAGAGGACCGAGUUUGAGAGAAAGACGGAUAGGAGAGAAGGAUCAGGAAGCAAAAUGCGAUAGAGUGAAAACGGUUGAAUGAGGGGCAAACAAGACGAAGGAUAAGUGAAAGAAGAGGGGAAAACAGAAGACGAAGCUGUGCUUGGGAGAGGAAGAGGGGACAACUUGAAGAGGCAAUUGGAAGAAAAUGCGCGUGAAGAAAAAAAACGUUUUGAUUGCAAAUGUGAGACGUGUGAGUGACUGAGUGUGCGCGGAGAGAAAGCAAGCAUUUAACUUGGGUGAGAGAGAGAGUGGGGAGUUGAGAGAAAGGAGGGGGAGAGAUAUUUGCAUUGUUUAUUACAGGCGGUGGGUAGGUGAGAGAGAGAGGGGGGGAGGAGGAGGAGGAGGAGGAGGAGCAGGCGAGCGAGAUCAGUUUACUCAUUCAGAGAGAAGGGGACAGCGAAACCCAAGGAGCCGCUGCCAUUGUACCAGACCGCACUUCAGUCCACGAAAAGACGUCUAAUUUAUUUGAAGAGCAAUAACGCACUGCACACGGACCACGCAUUCACAGCCUCCUUUUAUUCAACAGCGUUUCCUAAACUUCGUGGUGAUGCGCUGCGAGGGUUCAGUCUAAUCGGGUGCUUCUCCAGGACUGUUUAUAUGCUGGUCCAUUUGUUUGGCAAUAGCAGGCAUGCUGUAUAAUACAGACCAGAUUGGAGAUUAUUAAAACCCAAUCCAGCGCUUGGCAGACUGGGAGUGGGAUAUUUCUGACGCAUCUGUUUGAGAUAACUCGGAGUCGAAUUUGCUGGAAUAUGAAUCAGAAACAGAUCUAGGUUUUUUGUAAUACAACGCUUUCAGCAGUGAGAUUGAGGAACAAGCCGCGGUCACAUAUUUUCAACAAUAUUUUGUCCGUCAGUUAACGUGGGAUUUUAAAGAAGUGUUCUGAGAUUAACAGCUGUACUGUUCAUUAUCCGUGCAUUUAAAAAAAGGACGUGAUCAAACUAAACACAACUUCGCGUGCGAGUUUUUACAUUCUCGUGUAUUAGUUCGCGUGUUUAGGGUAUUAAUUUUAAAAAACUAAUGAAAAAUGUGAAUGCAUUUCGUGCAGGGAAGGUGACUCGUCUUUAAACAAGCUAAAAUAAAACUAUACCUAAAUAUUCUCUUUAUUAUUUAAAUAGACAAUGUAUAUAUUUAAAAUGUAUACUUUUAUAAUAGCUGUAUAAUACAGAGCCCGUAAAACGUCUACACGAUUUUACAACAGGAACCAUACGCAUUUAUAGUUUUAAAAUAAAGAAAGUCGGCAUUUAUUACGCUUCGGAUUAUUUAUAAUAGCGUCAAAAUAAAAAAAAAAAAACUUUUUUUUUAAACAAAUACCCUGAAGCAACGCUUUUUGUCCCAGACGCAGCUCGCGUUCCCUUCGCUGUUCUUUCAGAGCGCUGGACGAGUCACCGUCUCUACAUGUCAGUCUGUGCUUCUGCGAAGCUCUCAACAUCUGUUAAUUGAAAGCGAUUUAAAGUGACGACUCUUUGUCACCGAGGCGUGUGUUACCGGCACUGGCACGGCUUCAGAAGACGCUUUCUGGCUACGUUUGGAGUUCUGACCCGAGUCAACUUUCCAAUCCUCUUUGGAUGGACUGGAGAAGCCGCCCGGCUGUGGAUUCUGAUUUCAAACCAUUCCACUCGGAUUUUCCAGCCUUGGCGUGUGAUUUGCGGGGACCCGCGCUAUUGAUCGGAAUGAGAAGCUGAUUGAAGUCCAGUUUUGAAAAGCAGACUCCGGUACGAAGUUCCAGCGAGCGCGUCUCCCCUGUCCUGACUCCAGCAUCUUCUCCUCUCUGCAGUUCCAGCGAGCGCGUCUCCCCUGUCCUGACUCCAGCGUCUCCUCCUCUCUGUGGUUCCAGCGAGCACGUUUCCCCUGUCCUGACUCCAGCGUCUCGUCCUCUCUGUGGUUCCAGCGAGCACGUCUCCCCUGUCCUGACUCCAGCGUCUCCACCUCUCUGUGGUUCCAGCGAGUGCGUCUCCCCUGCAAUGACUUUGCAGCUCCGGCUCUGACUGGGAGAUGGGAUUGGGGACUCUCUGGAUUCUGAGUUUCAUCACUGGAGCAGCUCACUGCCUUUCAGCUCCAGUGCAGGGUGUGGAGUCUGUGGUUCGCUCCAGGGUGGGGGGCUCGGCUGUCCUGGGCUGUAACCUGACCCCCCCCUCGGCCCCCCUUCCCUUCCCCCUGCAUGUCAUCGAGUGGGUGCGGCUGGGCUGGGCUGUGCCCGUCUUCAUCAAGUUCGGGUUGUACUCUCCCCGCGUGCACCCCAACUACCAAGGUCGUGUCUCUCUGGCUCACGGUGCCUCUCUGCGGAUCGAUGGGCUGCUCUUGCAGGACGAGGGCUGGUUCGAGUGCCGGAUCCUCUUUCUGGACAGACAGGAGGACGAGUUUCAGAACGGCACCUGGACCUUCCUCUCCAUCACAGCCCCACCUGUGUUUAUCAAGACUCCACCCCCUGUGGUGGAAACACUGGAAGGUAAUUCGCUGGCCCUGACUUGCUCCGCCCACGGCAAUCCUCAACCAAUCAUCACUUGGAGGAAAGACGACGUCAUCCUAGAAAGCGGGGAGAAGCUAGAGCUUUCCAAUGGGACGGUGUUCCUGUCUCCUGUGGGGAGAGCCAGCACAGGGCGGUACGAGUGCCAGGCCUCCAAUCAGGAGGGAAACAUCACCCACUCUGCACAGCUCCUGGUGCUAGGUCCUCCAAUCAUAGUCCUCCAGCCGGCAGACCUCACGCUGAAUGUAUCCCAGGAUGCCGCGCUGCACUGCCAUGCCGAGGCCUAUCCCUCCAACCUGACGUAUCUGUGGUGGAAAGGAGAGGAGAACGUGUUUCACAUCCAGUCUCUGAAGUCGCGGGUUCGAAUCCUGGUCGACGGCACUCUGCUGAUCCAGAGGGUGAUCCCAGAGGAUGCUGGGAACUACAGCUGUGUGCCGACCAAUGGCAUUCUGACUCCGCCCACCGCCUCUGCUUACAUUCGAGUCCUGCACCCCGCCCAGGCGGUUGACAUGCUGGCUGAGACCUAUCUGCCAAUGGGGAUGCAGGGAGUGAUCACAUGUCCAGUGAGGGCGGACCCCCCAGUGCUGUUUGUCAACUGGACCAAAGAUGGCCGUCCGUUGGACAUCGAGAUGCCCCCAGGUUGGGUUGUGAAUUCCAUGGGCUCGGUUUCCAUAGCGACAGCCAAUGAGGAUGCGCUGGGCUUGUACACCUGCACUCCUUAUAACAGCUACGGGACCGUGGGCCAAUCAGCAGCCACCAGAGUCGUUCUGCAGGACCCGCCCACUUUCCGACUGUCUCCGCGGGCGGAGUAUCUACAGGAAGUGGGGCGUGAGUUGGUCAUUUCCUGUGCAGCCAAUGGAGACCCCGCCCCAAACAUCACCUGGACGAAGGUGGGAUUAACCCCUCACUCCCUGUUCGGAGUGGCUGUGAACGGCUCCCUGAUCCUCAGCCCUCUCAGUAAGGACCACCAGGGGGCGUGGGAGUGCCACGCGCGGAACAGAGUGGCGACCGUCUCCACACGCACCUCCGUGUCAGUGCUGGGUACCAGCCCCCACGCAGUCUCCGAGCUCGCUGUCACUCCGGGGGUCAACACUGCCAACCUGACCUGGGAGCCGGGCUUCGACGGGGGGUACACUCAGAGAUUCAGCGUGUGGUUGAAGCGAGUGUCUCAGGGGAAACACGAGUGGACGUCCCUCCCAGUUCCUCUCUCCCAGUCCAGCUUACUGGUUUCCAGUCUGUUCCCAGACACUGCGUACCAGUUCAGUGUCCUGCCACAGAACAAGCUGGGCAGCGGGCCGUUCAGCGAGGUCGUGACGGUGCUCACACUGCCUGUCCCUCAAACAGAAGCCCCGCCUCCACUGGUGACAUCACCACCCCUUCUGAACCCGCCUAGUUUGCUAUCAGUCAACCAGAGCCUGAGGGGUGUGGUCUUGAGGUGGAACCCUCCCCUUUCACCGUCCCCGUCGAUCAAGGGAAUAAUCCUCCAAUCAAGACGCGAGAAUGGGGACUGGGCGGUGCUUGAUGGCUCCAUCUCAGCCAAUCAGAGCGAGAUACUGGUGCAGGGACUGCUAAGGGACUAUAACUAUGAGCUGCGGCUGCUGUCUCUGGGGGACAAUGUGAUCAGCGCACCGAGCGAGUCCGUCAACAUCUCCACUGCAGGUAUGGACGCGUACCCCUCUCAAACCCGCCUCUCGGAGCUGCUGCCUGGGCCCAUAUUGGCCGGUGUGGUGGGCGGGGUCAGCUUCCUGUGCGUGGCCAUCAUCCUAUCAGUGCUGACCGCCUGCGUCAUGAACCAUAGGAGAGGGAGACGCAGGAGGAAGAGGAGAGAAGAUCUCACACACGCCUUCCAGAAGGACCCCUCUCCUCCAGCUGGCCCGUUUACUGACAGCCCCGACAGCGUCAUGAAGCUCCGCCCGCUCCUUUAUGACCACGCCCCCUCCAACAAGGCCAGGAAGUCGCAUCACCAGCAGAGACAGCUGCUCCUAGCCAAUCCGCUGGCUUCCCCUCGAUACGCAGUCUUCGAGAGUUACCUGGGCAGCUCGGCUCCGCCCACCUCCCCCAUCGAGUCCAUCUCGCGAGGACCCGAUGGGCGAUUCAUCGUGCAGCCCUACCCAGAAUGCAUCACCCCAGCUUGCGUCAAGAACAGUCUGAAAAAACACUUCCCACAAGGCCCAAACGGUCUGGCCAGCUUAGAGCAUGAAAAAAGUGGAAGGACAAGACAUUCGUCAAAGAGUCACUCCUGUUUCACUACUAAUGAAGAGGAGAGGAGUGUGGGAAAAGGGCCAAAGAAAGAACACAUCUGCUGUUAUGUUAAAGAGACUGAAGACGCUGAAGAGUGGUCCAAAAGUAGCGGCUGUUUUUACACAAACGAACAGGAGGACUUUAGGAAGAGCCCCUCGCUCUUUUAUGCAAGCGAGGAUAAGAAACUGAGUGAGGACUGGUCCGAAAGCCAGCGUGGUCUUUAUGUUAGCAUGAAUAAGACAGAGGAUGGGGAAUCGACUACAAGCAACUCUGUUCUGUAUGAGAAAGAGAAGGACCCAACUGAAAGAAGUCUCUCCGAAAGCAGUGCUUCAGAUUUCAGUAACAUUACCGAGAUCAAACUAGGCACAGCCUUCCCUAAAAGCCACAGGCAGUUUUAUGGAAACGACGAUGACAAAUUAGACAUUGAUGUUCAGAAAAGGUCUGCCUAUUUUUACGCCAAUGAGAAAGCAAACGGGAAAGAGGGAGGAGGGACCAUAGAAGUAGGUCACCCCACUUCUACUCAAAAGGAUGGGUGUCCCGUCCAAUCACAGAUGAGGAAAGACAGGUGUAGCAAAUCUGAAGUCUGGAAGGAGAAAUACAAUUGGACACAUUCAGGUGUGGGGGAGGAGUCUUUGGGGGAAGUGGUCACCCUAAACCCCUCCCGUUUUAGGACAGGGGGUGUUGACUUGUCCAGACAAGGAAGAGCGAUGGAGAUAGAGAGGGAGAGGGCUGCGUAUUCAAUGAGUACCCUUCCUUUAGAAAGAGAGGCGCAGAGAGAAAAACGUUUGACGAACGCCAGCACCUUGGUGUCCCAAAUGGAGCGAGAAAGAGAGGGGCACAGUCUGAACAGAUAUUAUAAACACGCGAAAGAGAGGGAGAGCAGGAGAGAGGGAGAGAGCUACUCAGUGAGCCAGGGUAACUUGGAGAGAGGGGGGUGGAGGGAGAGGGAGAGGGAGAGAGAACCGGAAGAAACAGACCCAAUAUGGAAACCCCAAGCCGUAACCCUGCGGUCCAAAAACAAGAUGCCGACUGGCAAGGACCAGAGGAAUUCUGGGUUCCGGAAAGGGUGCUAUUUUGGUAACACAAGCAGCCCUUUAGACCAAGCCUCCUCUUCCCCUUACAUCCACUGGGAUAUCAGCCCGGUGACCUCGAUAACCACUCUCAUCCCAGUCCAGGGCAGCGUUCAAAACAUGAUGCCUCCAGCUAGGGAAUCUACUCUAGUUGCUACAGAUAACUCUACAACUGUCAAGCAGCCUCCCUCAAUCUCCUUCCUCUCUCCACACAGUGCUACCUUCUCCAGUUUUGCUGGGGACAUAAGACAGGCCAAAUCGAGGUAUCCAGAAAAUAUAGAAAGAGAGGAAGCUAUGGAUGCAUAUUGUUCUGCAGCUACUCUAGUUUAUAAUAGGGAGAGGGAGAAGGAAGGCUGUGCUGCCUUCAUUUCUAAUCCAGAGACCGAGAUGGAAAGAGAUCAUUAUUCGACCAGCACUAUCCCAGUUUGCGACCCGGAGGGAGGGAGUGUGAGGGAGGGGGAGGGAGAAGGAGAAAGGGGGGUGGAGAUGGAGAGGUACGAAGCUUGUUCUGCCUUUCUUUAUGAGCGAGAGAAGGAGGGAGGGACAGAAGGAGAGGGACUGAGAGAGGGGGAGGGAGCGAUGGAGCAUGAAAACACUGAUAAACACUCAGAUGACAGUACUAUCAUAUCCCCAAACCCUGAAAAGGAAGGUGUGAGAACUCGUUCAAGAAAAAGUGAUAAGUACAAUUUCAGCGCUAGUGCCAUUUGCCUUUCCCCGUUAGCCUUAAUACCGGACAAUGAUACAGUUCAUGACCAGUCUGACUUGUCUAUCUAUAAAUCACUCGAUUCUUCAAGGGUAAGGCUACAGAAACAGCCAUCUCGGUCUUCUGCAAGUACCUCACAAAGAUCCAAACAUCAGACCAGUGCAAUCCUGGAGUACCUGAGCUCACCUGGGUUUAUUGAAAUGAGUGUCGACGAUCCAAUAGACGAGCCCAAAACUGAAGACCCACCUGGUGCAGAUGAAAAGCCUGGGAGUUUCCUGCAAGGUUCUGAAUCUUUACAAGAGAAUUCAGGGCCUGGGAGUUUCUUGGAGGACAAUACUGCUUUCAGCUCAGAAUUCCCCCAAGACCUAUUUGAAGCUAGAGAUCCAAGCUUGAGAACAAAUCCUUUGGAGAACUGUGGGCUUCCUGCAGACCACACACCUGCAAGUGUCCUAAAACAGUCACCAGGGUUUGAGUCAGGGCCUACCUGGGACCAAAAUCCUGCAGGCUUAUUUAAAGAUAAGCCCAGUUUGGAGAGCACCGGAGAGCUUACAACGUCUAUACCUCAGGAACCUGGAUAUUUAGAGAAUGAAGCAGCUUCUCAAAAGAGAGACGGUAUCUUCCUGGAACAGACUUCCUCAGAUCUGCAAAGCCAGAACAGGUUUACCUGUGAGACUUCACAGUGGCCUAGUCACUUUCAGGGGCAUCCUGGGACUUUCCAGAUCAGGCCGUCUGGUUUUGAAGCUUCAAACACAGGCCAGCCAACUUCACAAGGGCCUGAGACAGAAAGCAGCUUGGUGAGGCCUCCAGAGGCUAAAAGACUACCCUUCAGGACAUACUUGCCAAGGGGCUACAGCUGGCCGUCCCCUUAUCACAGCUCUUUAGAGCUGAGGGAGUCGGAGGGGGAGGCACAGAGCGAGACGGAGAGGCAGGGAGAGAGAGAGGCCGAGAUUGAAAUGAAAGAUGUGAGGGAUGUUAAAGAAGCCCGAGCCAGUUUUGCUAGUCAAAGCAGUGGCCGGGGGAGUGUAGGGCCCACCUUCACUCCCUCUCUCCAUCGCUACUCCCUCUCGCUCACUCCCUCUCUUCCCGCCUCUCCCGAAACCACUCAGAACGAGGCAGAGAGUGAAACUCGAGCGGAGGAGAAAGCGAGGUCCAUGCCGCCGCACCUGGGAAGCAGAGCCAAGAAAAGGAGAGACACGUCAGUAGAUGAAAGUUACGAGUGGGACUCCGUGGACUUCCCUGUGGAAUCGGAGAUCCUUGAGGCUCUGAAACUCUACAGCAGAGAGAGCGAGACAGUGGGAGAGCGGAAGAGAGAGAGACCCAGGUCUACGAUCGCAGUGAGGGAGCUGGAGAGCAGAGGUCUGCUCUCCCCAGACCCCCCAGUGUCCCCUGCCUCCUCCCAGUACAGACUCCCAGUGCGUUCGCUCAGUGAGGCUCGAUUCAACGAGCUGAGACAGGAGUUCCUGGAAUAUCGCAGAGAGCAGGAAAGCAGCCGAGACAAGAAGCCCGACUCAGAGGCCACACUGCUGUGAACACAAGGGUCUUAGGGAAACUGCCUUUUACUGGGAGAGUCGAAGACUGAUUACUGGGACCAGUCUCUGUGAUAAACUCCUCUGUGGGUUCAAGCUGCAUCAGAACGGAGGCGAGAGACCUCACUAACUGGGUCACAGCUGUCCAUUUUGAAGCUCAGCAAUGACCCGAAUACUGGACCCCUUUAAAUUUUCUCAGCACUACCUAACAAUGAAAUAUGCUUGCGAGGCUCCAAGCACACCUGGGAGGAACCCGAUGAAAACUCCAGGAGAUCUGGGUGUAGAAGAGAGCAUUUCUAAACCCAUAUUAUCUGCAUACCAAGACAGACUGACACCUAGUGGCCAAGCAAGAGCCUCUUGGACUCACUGAAGCGGUCGGUGUAAUUGUAACCUGCUGUUUUGCACUGGGAGAGCUCCAGAUCCCUGCGUUAGGAACGCGCUGGGCUAGAGUUUAAAGUAAAUUAUCAUGAUGCUUCAGUACAUUCCACUAGGAGAACAAAAAAAAGAAAUCAGGAUUUUAAUUAAGAAAAUUGAGAAACUGAAAAACACGACGACACUGGCAAUGCAACUAAAAUCAAGCGACUGCAAUUCCAAUGUAACGAACACGUGAUUUCCUACUGAUUCCAAAUCAAAUGAAGAUACUUUUCAUGACUUCAUAACAUUUCCCUUCAUACACAUGAAAUAAUCAUUAACACACUAAUUUUAAAGUGUUACUUUUUUUUUUUUUCGAAGCCAGAUCUCGACUCCUCACCAGGACCGGGCAUUAUUGUUAAUGCUCCCUGGAGAGGGAAUCAGGAUGGGACAGCCCUCACUGUUUAUUUAUAUUGUAUUUAGUUUAUUAACUGGGAUAGGGCUGUAUAAGAUGGAACUUCUAGAGUCAUUCCGGAAGGACAAAUUAAAGGCAGGUUCCGAACACACAACGCUUGUGACUGUAUCUCAGAGAAACAAGAAACAAGAAUCAGGUAAAAAAAAAGUCAGAUUUUUAGUUUAGAUACAGAGAGUGUAUAAUGAGGUGACGCCUGGGUCGCUGAGCCCUCCCAUCUGAAUUAUACAAACAUGUACUUAUUAUUUUUAUCAUGAAAACAAAAUCUACCUGAAACCGAGGAUACAUCGGGGGGGAACCCUAAAUAUCUUGAAAUUUCACAUUUAUUGACAAUCACAGAUGCAUAGCCAAUUGAUGCAAACACUUAUUGACACAGAGACUAAUCAUUCCCAUCUGCUUGUAAACGGGACUGGCUGGCAGGAGUAACUGGCAGAGGUGUGAUUUUCAUAGCCACGGUUCACUCAGGUCUUCAGUAGUAUCUUGACCGUUUCAAUGGUUUGAGCUGGACGGCACGGGACCAUUUCUCUCCCCUGGUUUCAACAAAACGAAAAUGUGAAUGUGUUACCAGCAGGAUUAUUCUGGCUGGUUUAAGCGUUAUUCAAACUGGGAUCCUGUAACAAACACUUCAGAAACAGAGGCACGGCUGGUUGAUCUUUUUAUUGGGAUUUCAGAUCUUUUUUUUUCUAUACACAGUACAGGAAUUUUUUGAUUUUAAAAAAUCAUUUUCUACAAAGAAAAAAAAAAAAAAAGCCGAUUUUAAAAAGUUGUGAUUUUGUUUUUGAACGUGUGAAAUGAGUGCUUGUUUAAAAUGAUGAAUGAAUAAACCGAAUCACUUGAAUUUAAA